AAACAAAACGAACGAAGCGCCCUUCUCCUUCCUUCCUCCACGACUCCAAUGGCGCAAGCCAUCUCCCUCCCCGCGCCGCCCUCCUUCCUUCACCACCACCGUGCGAGACCCUCGCGCGCCCGCUCUCCGACCUUUCUCGCAGUCGAAACCCCGCUCUCCAACGUCGCCGCGGACUCCCCCUCUUCGUUCCGCGACGCGAGGCUCCUGCUCUCCCUGCUGCGCCAAUGCGGCGACAUGAUAUGCCUCGACGAGGAGGACACCGGUAGUAGCCUCCGGGCGGCGCGGAGGCUCGCGCCGCAGCUGCACUCGCUGGCCGUGAGGGCGGGCCACGCGACGAGGGAGCCCCGCGUGGCGUGCGCGCUGUCCGACCUCCUGGCCCGCCUCGGCCGGGGCCCCUCGUCCCGGCGGCUGCUGGAGGAGGCGGACGAAUCGGAAGGGGGGAAAGACGCCGUGCUGUGGAACAAGCAGGUGGCGAUGCUGGCGGAGGCCGGGGAGUGGGACGAAGCCAUCGGGGCCUUCAGGGAGAUGCAGGCCCGCGGGGUCGCCGCCGACGGGUACGCGCUCGCGCGGGUGCUCCACGCGUGCGGCCGCGCGGCGGCGCGGCGGGAAGGGAAGGCCGUCCACGCGCACGCCCUCAAGGCGGGGCUCGUCGACGCCCACCCGCUCGUCCCCGGCUUCCUCGCCGGGAUGUACGCCGAGGGCGCCGACGUGGCCGCGGCCACCGCGGUGCUGCUCCGGGCGACGCCUCCGCCGAGGUCCGUGGCGUGGGACGCGGUGGUCGCCUGCUGCGUGCGGCUCGGGCUGGUCGACGACGCCAUGGAGCUCGCGGGCCGGAUGGCCAGGGACGGGCCGGAGCCCACGCUGGCGACCUGGAACGCCGUGCUUUCCGGCUGCGCGCGGCACGGCCGCGACCGGGAGGCGCUCGCCGUACUCCGGAGGAUGCUGGAGCAAGGGCUGUGGCCCGACGCCACCACCGUGUCCAGCCUCCUCAAGUCCGUUGCCAACGCGGGGAUGGUCCGCCAUGGCAUGGAGGUCCACUGCUUCUUCCUCAGGCACGGUCUCGUGCCGGACGCGUACACAGGGACGGCGCUCGUGGACAUGUACGCCAAGUGCGGCCGCCUCGACUGCGCACGGAGGGUGUUCGACACUUUGGAGCACAGGAACCUCGCCACCUGGAACUCGCUUGUCGCGGGGCACGCCUACGCCGGGCAGUUUGAGGCUGCGCUGGAGCUUGUGGAGAGGAUGAAGAGGAACAGGCUUGAUCCGAACGUGACCACCUGGAAUGGGCUGAUCACUGGGUACUCGUUGAACGGGCUGAGCUCGCAGGCGAUGCUGCUGCUCCGGCAGAUCAAAGCUGCCGGUUUGACGCCAAAUGUGGUUUCCUGGACUUCGCUGAUCUCCGGGAGCUGCCACAAUGGGGAGUACGAGGAUUCAUUCAACUUCUUCAAGGAGAUGCAGAAGGAUGGUGUCCAGCCCAGCUUGGUCACCAUGUUGGUCUUGCUCAGGGCUUGUGCGGGGCUCGCACUGCUGAAGAAGGGCAAGGAGCUGCAUUGUUUCGCGCUGCGAAGGGCAUAUGACUGUGACAUGGUUGUCGGAACUGCGCUAAUUGACAUGUAUUCCAAAGCAGGAAGCCUGACGAGUGCCAAGAGGAUAUUUGGAAGGAUUCAGAAUAAGAACCUUGUGUGUUGCAAUGCCAUGCUGACUGGGCUGGCCGUCCAUGGGCAAAGUCAUGAGGCAAUAACGCUGUUCCACGAUUUGUGGAGGUCGGGGUUGAAGCCAGACAGUAUAACCUUCACUGCACUGCUCACUGCCUGCAGGUCAAUGGGCUUGAUCACUGAAGGGUGGGAGUACUUCGACAACAUGGAGACCAAGUAUGGUGUAGUACCGACAGCCGAGAACUAUGCCUGCAUGGUUGACCUGCUGGCGAGGUCCGGAUAUCUGGACGAGGCAAUGGCCUUAAUCGAGAGGUCACCAGUCGACCCAGGAGCAAGCUUGUGGGGUGCGCUUCUCACAGGUUGCUCCAUACAUGGGAAUCUUGACCUUGCAGAGGUGGCUGCAAGGAAUUUGUUCAGACUGGAGCCAUACAAUUCAGCCAACUACUUGAUGAUCAUGAGCUUGUAUGAGCAUGAGCAGAUGUACGAUGAAGCCGAUAGCCUGAAGUACGCAAUGAAAGCAAGAGGAGUGAACACUAGACCAGGGUGGAGUUGGAUACAGAUUGAGCAAGGUAUCCAUGUCUUUGAGGUCGACGGGAGUCCACAUCCAGAAACUGCAGAGAUAUGUGAAGAGCUGAUGAGUUUAGUGCGUCAGAUCAAAAUGACAGGAUAUGUGCCAGACACCAGCUGCGUAGUGUAUAAUGUUCCAGAGGAGGAGAAGGAGAAGCUGCUGCUUUGUCAUACCGAGAAACUCGCCAUCACCUACGGGCUGAUCCAUUCAGAUGCAAGUCGAAUGCCUGUCAGGGUGAUCAAGAACACCAGGAUGUGCAGCGAUUGCCAUGAGGUGGCGAAGCAUAUUUCUGCACUGUGUGGCCGGCAAAUUAUUCUUCGCGAUGCUGUUAGGUUUCACCAUUUUGUGGAUGGGAACUGCUCAUGCAAUGACUACUGGUGAAUAUUACUGGCAGAUACUGGUGCACUACUACAGUGGUUUGGUUAUCUGCAAAGGAUAUUCGAUUGGCCGGAUAAUUUGACGUAGGGGUGCUCUCCAUGAAGACAGGAACCGACAAUUUCUGCCUACAAGAUUAUGAAUUAUCAGAUAAUUACAGCUCAUCUUAGGGCCUACAUUCUUCAUUUAAUUGACACGAGAACGGGCCAUUUCUGCGAACAGACUGGAACAUUGACACAUCUUUAUUGCCAUUUGUCACAGGAGGAGCUCUAUGCCUAAACUUAACUGGUGAGAGGUACUAGUCAGAUCUGUACAUGGCAAUUGCUGCACAUGAGCUGGGUCGCCACUGACUGCUCGACAUUUCCAUGGCCCAACAGAAACACUGUGAUAGAGCUUACUUUCGGCAGACAGAUACAACUGACGGCUGAGUUUCUGAUGCCCCUUAUAAGCCCAGCUUGCCGGAUGUUCUGACCCGCUGAGUUCUGUAUCAUCAUGCUGUCGACAGCCGGAAGUGCAUUCAGGUUGUAUGGCGUAUCACGAUGUCCCCCCAACGUCACUUGGCGAUCCUCAAACCAUAUCGAGCUCCAUUCAAGAUGAAGUCAGAGAUGGUGAUGUUCCAGAUGAAUGCUCCCCCUUCUGGAGUUUGUCUUGAUAUGGAUUCCGACACCCAUGCUGAAGAGAUCUCAUUUCCAAGUUCCAACUGCAAAGCCAGCAAACGGGCUGGAUCCUGUGACCUGUCAGAAUGCCGAUGCCAGAGCUUGAACUCCCGAAAGCAAUCCCAUAAGUGCUGUCAUUUAGUCCUUUUAGCUAACUAUAAGGUUUCGUUAAUGAAGCUGGGGAGAAAUCCCUUCCAUAAAAAAAAAUGAUGCACAAGUUGCUGACACAAGAGUUUAACAUAUGUAGAGAAUGGUGCCCCCCUGUGAAUGUUCAGAUAAUCAGACGGCCAGAGACGUCCGCCCUAUGAGAUCUUCUGCGCCGUUGAUAAUCUGUCGCUAUAUCGAAGGGCCGGAGGCCGUACUUUUAUUAAGAAAGAAAGCGAGUGUUACAGGACAGAAUACAGAAGCAGGGAGGUCCUGCGGUGGAGCAGGAAAAAACAAAAUCCGACAGAAGCCGGAUUACAGUAGCCUGCCUCCCACGAGACGCACCGAACAGCCUGGAAUGCGAGAGCUAAAUUACAUCAACAGAACCAGCAGCUCUCCAAGAGCGUAGGUCCUCGACAAUCAGCUCGAAUACUCGGGUGGCAGGGCUUGGAUCUUGCUGAAAAAUUCUUGCAUUGCGCUCUUUCCAUAUUCUCCAGUGGACAAGAACAGCGAAGGUGUCGAAAUCUCUGCGAAGAUUCUUGGGCGCACGCUUACGGGCUUCCAGCCACCAGUCCUCGGUGCCGCGGAAGAUGGAACCAGGGAUAGGAAAAUUAGAGCCAGACCAAAGCCGAAGCCGAUGCCAAACCUGUUGAGUGAAACGGCAAUGCACAAAGAGGUGGGUGCAGCUUUCAUGUUCUGUUGAACAGAGAGGACAAGAGGGGCAGUGAGGCCAUCCUCGACGAGCCAAGUUAUCUGCAGUGAGACAAUGACCGUGCACGACAAGCCACAUAAAAAAUUUGCACUUCAUGGUCGCUUUGGACUUCCAGAUGGGUUUAGCGCAGGCGAAACGGGUGCUGGCCGCGAAGAACAAGUUGGCACAGUGCAACUGCCCAGCCCUGGAAUCGCUAUAACAGCAUACCGGCUGCAGCCCUGGAAUUGUCCGUGCUAACAACGCUGCAAACUGGGCAGUUGCACUGUGACAAACCGAGAUUUUUUUUUGUGUGGAUAACCAAGCAUUGGCCAAGUACGCAAAGCCAUCGACAAUAUGUUCACCUCACCUGCAAUAUAAACCGAUGGAUGUUCCGAAACGGCGAGCCUCUGAAGACUUGGCCUCGUGAAGGCGAGUGUUGCGCUUCUUGCCGUUGCUCUCGCGUACCUCCCGCACUCUCCGGCCAUGCGCCGGCAGCCGGUCGGUCACCAGUCAGCUCGACGCGCCUAUUGACUUACUGAGUGAGUGCUACAGCGACAGAGUUCCUUUGUGCUGGCCUCGAUCCCUCAACGGCAAAACUGAAAAUAGACCAAGGGGAAUGCAAUGCAAGCAGCAGCAAAGCAUGGAAUUGGAAGCUAUGUAAGAGCAUCACCGGCGUAUAAGGUCACAUUUGCAAUAAGGUGGGACCCUUGUACCAGUCUUAUAACUACCUAAAAAUUUCAAAAUGCUUGUG